GUCCGUCAUGAUUGAUAAGAAAGGAGGAAAUUGUCAUGGAUAAUAAAAUUUUGUUAUUACAUCAUACAGUUGUGGUGUGUCAUCAGUAAUAAGACCAACCAAAUAUUUAAAAGUAUUUCCAUUGUUAGUUAUUAAAAUUAAGUGUUUUCUUCAGAACUUUAAUCUCUACAAGUUAAUCAUUUAUUUGAUAUAUGUGUCCUUGCAAAAAUGAUGAUGAUGUCAUCACAAAAUUGUGUCAAGAAAAAACUCAACUCGAAAAUACUGGUUCAAUGGAGGACCAAAAUGGGCCCACCAAACGAAAACUAAAACCACACCCUCAAGAAAAUUCAAAUAUUUUGUCAGCCUUAUUUUACUGCUGGACAGUGCCAAUAUUCCGAAGAGGCUUGAAAAAAGACAUAUCAGAGGAAGACGUUUAUCAAACUUUACAGCACCACCAAUCUGAAGGCCUAGCUAACCAGCUAGAAAAAGCAUGGAAGACCCAACAAAAAACCGCCUCACCCUCCUUGUGGAAAGCCAUAUGGAAAGUUUUCAAAUUAGAUGUAAUUGUGUGCUUAACUUUGUGUUCUUUCAUUGAAUUGGGCUUGAAAAUUGCCCGUCCUAUAGCUUUUGGAAAACUCAUGGCUUAUUACUCAUUUGAGUCGACAGAAUCAUCAAAAAAUGAUGCAAUUUUGUACGCUGGCAUAAUCGUAAUCAUUAGCAUGACAGAUACAGUUUUUUCAAAUUAUUUUGUACUGCAACAGUUACAAGUGUUCAUGAAAAUCAGAGUCGCUUGCUCGUCAAUGGUUUAUCGAAAAUCAUUGCGUCUGAGUAAAUCAGCUCUAGGUGACACGAACAUUGGACAGAUAGUGAAUUUACUGACCACCGAUAUGCAACAAAUGAAUCCCCUUAUACGUGCUCUUUGUUCUAUUUGUAUUUCGCCAUUUCAGACGGCAAUUGUCCUUUAUCUUCUUUACGAUUAUUGUGGACCUACAGCUUUAGUAGGGAUUGUUUUGAUAAUCACUCUUACUCCGUUCCAAAUGUUUCUCAGUAAGAUCGUAGCGAGUUUAAGAUUAAAAGUUGCUGUGAGAACUGAUGACAGAAUGAGUCACAUGAAUGAGAUCAUUUCAGGUAUUCAAGUCAUCAAGUUGUAUGGAUGGGAGCAACCAUUUAUCAAACUAAUUGAUACAUUUAGAAGGGUGGAAGUGAAAUUUAUAAAAAAAUUGACUUACUUAUUCUCGUUCCUGAUAUCGGUAAUGAAAUUCGUUGAGCGAACUGUUAUAUUUUUGUGUAUAUUGGUCUAUGUUUUAAUGGGAAAUAACCCAAACGCUUAUUACGUAUAUGUUAUAACUUCAUUUUAUUCGAUAUUGGUAUUUUCGGUAUCAGUUCUUCUUCCGAUAGGAGUUGCGGAUGUACUAAAAGCCAAUGUAUCCGUCAAAAGAUUAGAAAAAUUUUUAAACUUAGAAGAAGUGGAACUGGCUAAAAAAACAAGGAAAGCAGUUGGCAUUAAAAUAAAAAAAGUGACUGCGAGAUGGUUGCAGAAGAGUGAGCAUAAUACAUUAUCAGGUGUUGACUUUGAAAUUUAUCUAGAUCAGACAGUCGCCGUAGUAGGACCCACUGGCAGUGGAAAAUCAAGCUUGUUGCACUUAUGUCUAGGUGAAAUGCAGAUUAUUGAAGGGUUAAAAGAAGUUGAUGGAACAAUUGCUUACGCAAACCAAGAACCUUGGUUGUUCGGAGGUACAGUGAAGCAAAACAUUCUUUUUGGUCUACCAUUGCUGCCUAAAAAAUAUAAAGAAGUUGUAAGAGUUUGUGCCUUAGAAGACGACAUGGCACAGUUUCCUCAUGGUGAUAACACGAUAGUAGGGGAACGUGGAAUCCUUUUAAGUGGUGGCCAGAAAGCUAGAAUCGGUUUGGCUAGAGCUGUAUACAAAGACGCAGACAUAUACUUACUUGAUGAUCCUCUAUCAGCUGUAGACGCAAAUGUUGGGGAACAAAUUUUUAACAAUUGUAUAAUUGGUUACCUGAAAGGCAAAUGCACAAUUUUAGUAACACACCAGACACAGUAUUUAGCAUCUGUUGAUAAAAUCUAUCUACUGACAGAUGGCAACAUUUCAGUUUCUGGGAGUUACACAGAUCUUCUAAAAGGGAAUAAUUUUGCCUAUGUUUUGAAAGAAAACGAGACCCGUCAGGACGAAUCAAGUGAAAUGAAUGGUACCGAUCUAUCUAAGAUAGAGCAUAAAGAACAGAAUGUAUCAAGUGAAACGCGGGCUAUUGGCAAAGUGUCUGUCAAAGUUUAUCAAAGUUAUAUGCGUGCUUGUGGUUCUUACUGUAUCUGUUUCUUAAUAUUAAUACCAUUUGUUUUAUGUGAGUGCCUUACGAUAACGGCCGACUACUUUCUUGCAUUCUGGGUAAAUUUUGAGCAACGAAGAAUGUCAGCAAAUUAUACUAUGCAAAAUGGGUUUGAGGAAAUAAUUUUUGCUGAUGCUAGCACCAUCUAUAUAUAUUCCACCAUAAUUGGACUUUUAAUUAUCACAACACCUACUCGAGCCAUAUCCUUUAAGAAAGUAUGCAUGCGUGCUUCUGUACAUUUACACAACAAAAUGUUUACGACUAUUGUAAAUGCUACAAUGAAAUUUUUCCACACCAAUGUAUCAGGCAGAAUAUUAAAUAGAUUUUCUAAAGAUAUAGGAAAUUUAGAUGAAACUUUACCACAAGUACUUUUCAACACAAUUGAGUUAAGCAUAGCUGUUGUUGGUGGCAUUAUAUCAAUCUGUAUAAUUAGUCCUUGGAGUCUCAUUCCUACCUUUAUAAUAUUAAUACUGAUGUAUAUUAUAAGAAAAAUCUACUUGGCUAGUAGUUUAAGUGUUAACCGGUUGGAAUCCACAAGUCGGAGUCCAAUUUUGGCCCACUUGACAGAAUCUGUUAAGGGUUUAACUACUAUUAGAGCUUUCGAUAUUCGACACAUCUUACACAAAGAAUUUGACAAUUUGCAAAACUUUCACAGCUCUAUUUUCUAUAUGAAGUUAGGCACCGACAGAGCUUUCUCCAUUUGGUUAGAUAUCGUUUGUAUGUGCUACUCCUCGGCAGUCACAUUUAUGACAAUUUUUCAAGAUUCUUAUGGUGGAACUGUCGGUUUUGUUAUCACAAAAUCUAUGAAUCUGGUAGCUGUGUUUCAAUGGACAAUCCGAAUGUUGAGCGAACUUGAAAAUCAGAUGACGUCAGUUGAAAGAGUGAUUGAAUAUACAGAACUAGAGCAAGAGAAGAAUGAUCAAGUGAAAGCAAUUUCGUCUGCUUGGCCUGCUAAAGGCAAAAUUGAAUUUAAGUCAGUGUUUAUGCAGUAUUCGUCGAAUGAUCCUUACGUCCUUAAAAACUUGAAUAUACUUAUAAAACCUAAGGAAAAAAUAGGUAUUGUUGGUAGAACGGGCGCCGGAAAAUCUUCGUUAAUUUCGGUUUUGUUCCGUUUGGUUAACUUUGUGGGUAAUAUUUUUAUAGACGACGUAGAUACCAAAGAUGUCGCUUUAUCCUCUUUACGACCCAAGAUUUCGAUUAUUCCUCAAGAUCCAGUUUUAUUUAAGGGAUCAGUACGUAAAAAUUUAGACCCAUUUAAUCAAUAUUCUGACGAAGAAAUCUGGCGAGUGUUGGACGAAGUUAGACUGAAAGAGGCUGUCUCUAAUAUGUCUGGAAAUCUUCAAAGUAAUUUGUCAGAAGGUGGUACUAAUUUCAGUGUUGGACAAAAACAGCUAAUUUGUUUGGCGAGAGCCAUGCUGAAAAAUAACAAUAUUUUAAUCUUGGAUGAAGCAACUGCAAAUGUUGAUCCACAGACGGAUGAGUUAUUGCAAAGUACAAUAAAGAAAAGCUUUGUUAAUUGCACUGUUUUAACGAUCGCUCAUCGACUACACACAAUAAUGGAUUCCGAUAAGGUUUUAGUGAUGGAUGAAGGACAUGCAGUUGAAUUUGAUCAUCCGUAUGUGCUAUUAGAAAAAAAGAAAACAUUCUAUAAUUUAGUCAUGAAAACAGGAAAAGUGAUGUCUGAAAAUUUAAGAACAAUAGCCGAAAAGAAUUAUAAAACAAGAGGUGAUAAUAUAAGUUUAUGAGAGAACCAGUAUACAGAUUAGUGCAUAUUACUUAAGUUUUUUGUUACAUUAUUGUUUCAACAGUGUUUAAAAUUUGAUACUUGCAUUUUUGAAAAAAUGAAAAUAAAUCUGAGAUGAA